GAUUCCAAGGACCAGUUAAUUGAACAACUGACAGUACAAUUUGAGAGAACUACUGAAACAAUAGAAGAAGAACUAGCACACUUCAUAGCUCAUUUGAAACUCAUUACCAUUAGUAUAUUUAGUUCUGUAACUUUAAUUAUGAUAAUUGUUAUAGAACUAAAAUUUAAAUUAAUUGCUUUCAUUUUUCAUUUUCUAUGUAUUAAAAAUUCAGAUCACAUGGAAUUCAUUCCUAUGAGAAUAGUCAAAAUUCCUUCAAUAAGACACGAAGAUCAAAAUUCCUAUGAUCAACCCAUCACGUUAUCUUACAACCCAAUCAUUCGUUCCUUAAAUUCAUCAAACCCC